AACCCUCCCCAUCUUCCCAGUCAGAAGCGGUCACCUCCAGUGUGCUGGGGUUCCCCUGGGCAUGAUUUACUCUGCCUUCCUCUGGUACUACAUGGGAACGGGGAUUUUAAGGAACUGGUAGAGAAAUUAGGAAUGCUUGGUGUAAACCUCAGCCAUGCAAUGUGACUUUGGGCCUCAAUUUCCCCAGCUGUAAAACACACGGGAGGCAGCAACCACCUUGAAAGUUCUCAAAAUUCUGAAAGGGACAGGUUCAAAGGGUCUCUAAGCACCCCCAGGAGUUCCCCUUAGUCUGAUAAUCCACAUGACUUAAGACAACUCUAGAAUGUUCUUUCUUUUAUUUUUCUCUACAGGUGGACAGAUGCUGGGUCUGCAUGGCUCAGUAGAGAAUGAAGCCCAACCCAGCAGGCUCCUCCCCAGAGGCCUGCAGAGCUGCAGGCCAGGGAGAGAAGAGCUGCCCCGUCUGCCGGGCCUGGGGAGGAGUCUCAGGCCUGGGGUCUGAGUCAGGGCCUGGCCCGGGGCCUGGUGCAGUUUCAGGGCCUACUACUGUUCUGGGGCCUGGGCCAGGGCCUGGGGCUGUGUCAGGACCUGGGCCGGGGCCUGGUGUGGUUCUAGAACCUGGACCAGGGCUUGGUGCUGUGACCAGACCUGGACCAGAGCCUGGUGUGGUUCUAGAACCUGGACCAGUGCCUGGUGCUAUUUCAGGACCCAGACCAGUGCAUGGUGCUGUGUCCCUACCUGCACCAGAGUCUGGUGCUGUUCCAGGACCUGGACCAGGGUCUGGUGCUGUGUCUAGACCUAGGCCGGAGCCUGGUGCUGCUUCAGGACCUACGCCAGGUCUGGGGCCUGGGUCAGAAGCUAGGUCAGUACCUGAGCCAGUACCUAGGCCAGGAGCUGCACCGUUACCUGGGCCAGGGGUAGAGCCUGGGCCCAGACGGGGUUCUGGAAUUGGGCCCAAACCCAGUGAGCCAGAGACAGCCCCAACACUAGCACCACAGCAGAAGACUCAGGCCACACCCAUGCAGGCCCCUAGGCAGAAGGUUCUGGUGACUGGAGGAGGAGGCUACCUGGGCUUUAGCCUGGGUUCUAGCCUGGCCAAGAGUGGCACUUCUGUCAUCCUGCUCGACCUCCGCCGACCACAGUGGGAGCUGUCCCCGGGGACCAAGUUCAUCCAGGCCGAUGUCCGAGAUGAAGAAGCCCUGUAUCGUGCCUUCGAAGGGGUGGACUGCGUCUUCCACGUGGCAUCCUAUGGGAUGUCUGGUGUUGAGAAGCUGCAAAAAGAGCAGAUUGAGUCUAUAAAUGUUGGAGGCACCAAACUAGUAAUCAAUGUUUGCGUCCGUCGGCGAGUUCCAAGGCUCAUCUACACCAGCACUGUCAAUGUCGUGUUCGGCGGGAAGCCCAUAGAACAGGGUGAUGAGGACUCUGUGCCAUAUUUCCCACUGGAGAAGCAUAUGGACCACUACUCACGAACCAAAGCCAUCGCUGACCAGUUGACCCUCAUGGCCAAUGGCACACCUCUCCCAGGAGGAGGCACUCUGCGGACGUGUGUGCUCCGGCCCCCGGGGAUCUAUGGCCCUGAAGAGCAGAGGCACCUGCCCCGUGUGGCGAGCCACAUCAAGAAGAGACUAUUCAUGUUCCGAUUUGGGGACCGCAGGACACAGAUGAACUGGGUCCACGUGCACAAUCUGGUGCAGGCACACGUGUUGGCAGCCGAGGCCCUCACCGUGGCCAAGGGCUAUGUAGCUAGUGGCCAGGCGUACUAUAUCAAUGACGGGGAGAGUGUCAACCUCUUCGAGUGGAUGGCCCCACUGUUUGAGAAGCUAGGGUACAGCCAGCCCUGGAUCCAGGUGCCCACUUCCUGGGUUUACCUAACAGCUGCGGUGAUGGAGUAUGUGCACCUGGCCUUGAGGCCCAUCUGCAGCGUCCAACCACUGCUCACCCGGAGCGAGGUGCGCAGCGUGGCCGUGACGCACACCUUCCAGAUCGCCAAGGCCCGCGCCCAGCUUGGCUACGCGCCAGACAAGUUCCGCUUCGCCGACGUCGUCGAGCAAUACGUGAGGUCUACGAGCCGGCGGUCCCGCGGCUCCACCGCGCGAACACUCCUACGGUUGCUGCUCGGGCUGCUGCUGCUGUUCGGGCUGCUAGCCCUGGCCCUACAUCUCGCAGGCCUGCAGCCGUCCAAUGUCUGACCUGCGCCACUGGCCACUGCCUCCUCUUACCCAGCUUCACCUUCUGGGCUUGGACCCGCCCCCGAACCACUGCCCCGGCCACACCCCGCCCCCUGGGCUUGGGCCCACCCGCUGGGUCUUGACUCCGUCCCUGCCCUGCCCCCACCCCAAGCUUGGGCACGCCUCUGCUCCUCCUCUUGAGCCACGGCCCCGCCCUGGCCCCGCCCUCUGGGUCGCCCAGGCUUCAGGCCUGGCCUAGCGGGGUUACCGAGGAGGUAGCCGUAAGGCCUCCUCCGCCUUCUAGGCUUUCUCCCUCUGCUCUGCCCAGAACUAGCCCGACCCCGGAUUCUCCCCUGCUUUGGUUCCGCCCUGUUUCUGGCCCUACCGGUAGGAUUGAGCCUUCCCCUUCGUUUCUCCUUCCGGGACUGGCCUUGUUCCUCCUUCUGGAUCCGGCCCCUCCCCUCUCCUGCUUGUAAUUCUGCCUAGCCCCGCCCUCUCCCUCUCUGGCUCCACCCCCUCCCCAGCCACGCCUCCUAGGUGAGCGCUUAGGGCCUGGCCGGAGUCACCUCCAGCGGCUAAGUGCUGGCGGGGGUGGCAUUUGCAGCUGUUGCCUCUCUAGAGACAUUGGACCGUCCUCACUGCCCAGGCUCCUUUCUGCUUGUCCUGAGACAGUCUUGGGAUCUUGGAAUAGACCGAUUCUAGGAGAAUUGCUUUUGAUCUGCUACCUUGAUGUUUUGGUUUCACUCAGUCAUACACUUCUCCCUGUGUGAUGAUAGCCAGGGUUGGAGGGACACCGGAGACCCAGGCUUCUGCCUAGCCAGACCUGGCCUUUUGGGUUUCCAGUUUAUAAGUCUGGGGCUGAUAAUAAGCACAGGCUUCUGUGUCAGAAAAGAUCUAAAACAAAACAAAGCUUUUUAAGGUGGUCAAAAGAUACAAACUUCCAGUUAUAAAAUAAAUAAGUUAUGGUGA